GGGCGCAAACAACAAAAAAAACUCCUCUGCCCAAACAGCAGCUUUUGGUGUUUUCCGGGAUCGGGAUUGCUGGCCGCAGGAUCGCGAGAGGACAGCUCGAGGACGGGGCGCCUUGCACCUGGAGUGCUCUUUGAGGAAGACCAGUGCAGGGGCGAGCGAGGAAGCACCGACCGCAGCCAGGCUGCCGGAGACGGCCGGCCUCCCGAGCGCCGGUGUGCGCGGCCUUGCCGAGCCCGCCCGAGCCGAGGCGCCUCGCUCUGCGUCGGCUCGCUGCCCCGGCCGGCCUGCUGCAGGAUGUGGCCGGGGGCGGAGGUCAUUGACGUGGCGUUCCUGACGGAGCCGGAGCGGGAGCUGAUCCUGGCGGUGCUCCAGCGGGACCAGGAGCUGCGCCGGGUGGAGGAGCUGCGUGUCAGGAGGCUGAAGGCCGAGCUGCUGGACAUCCGCCGGAAGGGCGCCAAGCGCAGCAGCCAGGACUACAGCCGCCGGGCCUGCGGGCGCUGCCAGGAGCCGCUGGGCAGGCUGAGCGUGGGCAGCAGCCGGUGCCGGAGUUGCAACCACCUGGUGUGCCGCCGCUGCCAGGUGGUCCGCGGCGGCGGAGGCUCCUGGGCCUGCAGCGUGUGCGCCAAGGAAGGGGAGCUGAAGAAGAGCACGGGAGACUGGUUUUACGACCAGCGGGUCAACCGCUUCAUGAACGCUCCCGGGUAUGACCUGGUGCGGGCCUCCCUCAGGAAGAGGCCGCCAGCGAAGAAGCGGGAGACGGUGGGAGAGGUGCUGCUGCAGCGCUCCGAGCUGAACCCCAGCCCCCGGCCCAGAGCGACGGACCCCCAGGCUGUGGACAAGGGGCUCUUCCCUGAGAUCUCUGUGCCCACAAAGGCACGAGAGCAGCAGGGCAGCGAUGCAGAGCUGCUGGAGAGAGGCAGCCUGAGCAGCUACCAGCCUGAGAUCCACUCCUCCCAGGCUAGCCCUGUCCUGCAGCGGAGGGACUCUGUACAGGGCCCAGGGCCUGGUGCGUCCACUCUGACUGUCCCCACCAAGCCUGAGGAGGCCAAGAGGAGUGACCCUGAGCCAUUUUCCAGCUCUGGUGUGACAGCAGACGAGAGUGACGUCCUCUUCAAGAAGAAUCCCAGGAGGACAUUGAAACCUCCAGAGUACAGUCGGCCGACCUCUGUCCUGGACCUGCGUGAAAACGCUCUGGGGGUGGACGGAGGAUCUAUGGGAGACCGAAGCAAAUCUGUCCCAGGCCUGAACAUCCAGGAGGAAGAGGAGGAGGAGGACAUAGACAGCCUGGUGGAGAUCCACAGGAAGUCUGCAGGCAGCACCUACAGUCUUCGUAGCUCAGGUUCCAGGACCACGCUGGGAAGUAUGAUGAGCGUGUACAGCGAGGCGGGAGACUACGACAGCGCAGAGGUCUCCGGCGAGAUCGUUUUCUCGCUGAGCUACGACGAGCGCACCCAGACCCUGUGCAUCUUCAUCAAGGAGUGCCAGAACCUAGCCCACGGGGACGUGACCAAGCAACGCUCCAACCCGUACGUCAAGUGCUACCUGCUUCCGGACAUGUCCCGCCAGAGCAAGAGGAAAACCGCUAUCAAGCGCAACACCACCAACCCGUCCUACAACGAGACCCUCAAGUACAACAUCACCCAAUCCCAGCUCAUGAUGCGCUCCGUCCAGCUCUCCGUCUGGCACUAUGACCGGUUCGGACGCAACGUCUUUCUGGGCGAGGUGGAGCUCCCGAUGGACUCCAGGAACUUCGACACGCCCUUGGAGGAGUGCAUGCCUCUCUGUGGGAAGGUUAAGCCUGAGAACGGUGGUGCCUACGGGCAGUACAAAGGCGAGUUGGUCAUCUCUCUCAAGUACGUCUCUCCACACAAACUUCCUGCUGACAAAUCGAGAGGCAAGAGGAAGAAGGAGGAGAGUGGAGAGCUUCACGUCUUGAUCAAAGAGGCCAAGAACCUGAAUGCAAUGAAGUCGGGAGGCACCUCCGAUUCCUUUGUGAAAGGGUACCUGUUACCGUCCAGGACCAAGAUGACCAAGAGGAAGACACCGGUGGUGAAGAAGACUCUGAACCCGCACUAUGACCACACCUUCGUGUACAAGGACCUCCGCCUGGAGGAGCUGAAGAACAUGUGCGUGGAGCUCACAGUGUGGGACCGCGAGGCCAUGUCCAGCAACGACUUCCUGGGGGGCGUCAGGCUCAGCACAGGGACAGGGCUGGCCAAGGGGGAGAAGGUGGACUGGAUGGACUCCAGGGGUGAGGAGGUGUGCCUGUGGCAGAAGAUGAUGCAGUACCCUGACUCGUGGGCAGAGGGCACUCUCCCACUGCGCUCCUCCAUGGGCAAAAGUCAAUGAGCAGGUCACCCUGAAAGAGACGCAAGGGAGGUGGAUUGUAGGAAAGGUCCAGAAUGGAUCCCGAUUUCUUGCUUUUCUUUUCCUUCGUGUUGCAGGAAGCUGUCAUUUUUUGAAGGCUUUCAAUAAGGUGCUCUUAACUGUUGAGAACGUUUAUUCUUAUUGAAAAUGGCGAGAUGAACUAUACAUCUCCAUUUAAAAAAGCUAUAUAGGCCCCUUAUUAUGUAUCUUUAAAAAACAUGUUUGAAAAUCGGGGCCUUUUUGUUAUCUGCUAAUUUCUUAAUAAGGUUAGGACUUAAUUGUUUAAUUAGACAAAUACAUUCCACAGUCAAACACUGGAUUUACCAAAGGGUUUUAAUGGCACAUAAUAUAUUUAUUUUUGCCUUUUAAAUGGGGAGGGGUAGAGGAUUUUAAUUAUCCCUUUAAGUAUGAAGAGCACUGGAAACUGCUGACUUGCAUUUUUUCCAACAUUUUAGUUCAGUACUAGAAUGUCAGUGCUUCAGUUUUGUGGCUUAAUCCUCUUACCAAAAAGGGAAAAGCAAUCAGAGCAAUUGAGUUUCUGGAAGCUGGUGUCAUGGAUUUUGCUUUGGGAAGAUAUAAAAAAUCCCAGGAGAAAGUGCCAUGAAUGCUGGGGAUCAUUGUGUGUUGGAGCUCCUUUCACUGUUCCGAGUCUGCUGUUCACACACCUCUUCUGCAGUUGAAGUUUUUUUACAUGUAACAAAAUGUUCUUAAGACCUGUUUGAUCAGUUGCAUUGCUGUGUAUAAUGGGCUUCUGCUUCACUGAAGCACACAGAGGUGGGGAGCAAGUAAGACCUGUAAAGAAACAGCUUUUUCCUCUCAUUCUUGACUGUCUGGUCUAGUGCACAACAGGAAGGCAGAGAACAAAUCCAUUGAGUGAGUGCUGCUUUCUGCAUUCCAGAUACGGUUUAGUCACCUUGAGAAAUCCUUUGUAAUUUUAUUGUUAACAGUCACAGUCGCAUUAAAUAAGGCAGAACAUUACUCCUGAGCCCACAAUUACCAGGCAUGUCCUGUGCAAUGUGUGCAAACCUUUGUCUUUUUCAAAUCCACUUCACAGAGCAAAGGGACUAUUAGUAUAAAAGGUUUCAUUUUGUUUGGAUUUGUUUAUUUAGAAAUAUUUGCCAAAAUUAUUGUGUGCAAUCAUUGCAUUCAAAAUUUUGUUCACAAAUGCACAAAUAAAACUUAAAGCAUUAACUUCUGAAAGCAAAGUGCCACUACGACAGAAGGCGAUCGGAUUCUAAAUCUGGAAAAGCUUUUAAAUGUUUGUAAUCUGAGUGACGGUGUUUUGACUUUAAAAUGUGCAGGGAAGAGCCACACAGGAAGUGACCUUUGAUGCUCACUUCCUGCCUGCAGCUCGUGACUGCAGGCUGGGCAGAACAUCCGGCUGUACUUCUACAGCGGGGUCAUGAUGAAGAGGAGUUAUUUUUUAAAAAACUAAUUUUAUCAUUUAUCUUAAAAAGAAUGCUUUAAUAAAUAUCGUUUUGAUUACA